CAGCGGAAAUGGAUUCCGGUGUCAACACGGUGAACUCGUUUACUUCUAAACAUUGGGACAGAUUAUGCUUCUUUUUUUUUAAACGAAUAAAUCCAUUCAUUUCCCGUAAAAGAGGGAUUUUGAUAGAGCGUCGAGGUGAGGCGUUUGCGUUCUCGAACGGAAGUAUGAAGGUGAUCCGGCACUCUGUCGAGACACUGCAAAGAGCUCUAGUCUCCAAUCGGCAGGACUUAGCUGAGCUGUACAGAAAGUACACAAAAGAAGAAAGGCAUCUUCUGGAGGAAGGAUUCCACCCGGGGCAGCCGAGUGCCCUUUUCCAACCCAUCACAGUGCACUCUGACUCAGACUGGGUCUCUGCUUACCCUGAGAAGCCUCAAGACUUCGAGAAGUUCUACGGAGACCAUUUGCGCAAGACCCCCAAUGCAAGCCACAAUACCAUUUAUAUUCAAACCAUAGGUUCCUUUGGGGACGCGGGGGCCGAGACAGACCGGUACGUGGAGUGGCUCAGAGAAUACUGUCAGGCUUUCUUCUACGGGCUUUCUGUCAAGCUGCUGCCGGCCGUCACUGUGCCCGAAACAGGAUGCUCUUUCAGGGUUAACAGUAGCUCGCACAACCUUCAGAUCCUCACUGGUGACCUGCUACAAUUCCUGUGGAAUAGGAAACCAAAAGAUGCUUUUUGUAUUGUUGGGAUCACAAUGAUUGACCUCUACCCCAAAGACUCCUGGAACUUCUGAGUCUUCUGAGAGGCUUCUCUCAGCAUGGGUGUGGGUGUUUUCAGCUUUGCCAGGUAUGAUGACAACUUCUACAGCCAAAGUUAUGCUGGGAGGCUGAAGAAGGCUCCAGACUACUCUGUGUUUGACGGAUAUUACACUCCCCCCAUCACCAGCACCCUGCUGCUGCGUUCCUGCAAGGCCUUACUGCACUGGAUGGAGGGGGAUCAGAGUCAAACGUCUGGACCAGAGGAGGCCACUUCCUGUCAGUCUGUGCCCCACUUCUCCAAACCCACUGAAGCCUUUCAGACAUCCAGACUGUGGCUCAACAGGUGCCUCGACAUACUGGGAAAAAGAUGAACGAUUGUACUUGUUCAUAAGUCUGGAGAAAAUCUGGAAAUAUUUGCAACAACUGCAAUUUUUCCUGACUGUUACACUUAAUUUCCGGACGACUAGACGGCCCACUAGAGACUUAAUAAGGUGUAUAUUGUGUGGUGCUAGUGUUUCCAGUUUUCUGAAUCUAAAUGAUGUAAAGAUGCAAUAUGUACAUACAAUAUUUUUACGUUAAAGUAUAUCAAAUCAAAAUAGACAAAUAGAUUAGCAGUUGAAUGAGUUGCUUUUCAGUUGAGGUUCAUAAAAACAAAACCUUUCAACGUAAUUAAGUGAUUCAAAUCACUCUUGCUUUAUUAUGAAAAAUUUUUCGUUACAAAAACAGCUUGAUUCUGACAUUUCAUAUCACAUAACAUUCCAUUGUGUCAGCUUGGUGACCGUUUGAUUAAAAAAAUACACUUUUAAUUACAUCUCUUGAGCUUUAUGUAUUUUCUAUAACACGUUACAGAAUCCGGGCAAUGUAUUAUUAUUCUCACAGCUACAUUUGAAUCACAGUUUUUCUGGCAUGGUUACGGUAUUGUUUGCCAGCAGUUCAUCAAGUCAUAGUGUUACGUCUUACCCUCUGCAAUAUCUAAAACUGAGGCACCUCCAUUCAAGCUUCAUCAGUCCAUUUUGAACAUGUCCAUACUUUGCAGUUAUAUCUGUGCGUUAAGGCAAGACUACAUCAAAAGCUUUAUUCACUUAAAGCUAAUUUAGUAGUCUAACUUUUUAAAGAAUUUUAAGAACAUUGAGUCUAGAAUAAAACACAGUCUGGUACAUUAGGAAGGUAAGGCACAACAGAUCAUGUAGUAAAAGUUCUGAGGAAUGCUCUCGGAUCAUAAACAUCUUUGGUCGUUCUCUU